CUCCAUGCCGUGACUCCUGCUGUGUCCUUCACCCGAGUUAGCCGCUGGUCGUUUCUGACGGUGUGGUAGUGGUGGUCCAGGGCAGCGAGAGGCGGUAGGGAGUUUUUAAGUGCGUUUUUAAACCGAAAUUCCUGGAUAUUUGUUGAUCUGUGAUAUUAAGGAUGUUUUGGGACGUGUACAGAACUAGAAGCAUAAGUAUUAGUGGCAGCGGUGGUGUCGUGGUGCUCGCAAGAUGGACGAACCGGAGAUGAUGGAGCUGCAAGACGCGAGUGACGAGAACAUGGUGUCCUUCAUCGUGUUCCAUCCGACGAAGAUCAGGAAGGAGGAACGCACGCUGCCCUUCAGAGUGGUGGGUGCGGGCCUCCUGGGCAUGUUGUGCGCCCUCAUACUAUUCAUUAUCGUCAACCUAAUCUUCUUUGCCGCACAGCCUCCCCCUGUGACCGAGAUUCCAGACGGCGAGGAGCACCAGAUUUUCAUUGACCUUGACCUUGAUAACCCUGUGGAACUCGAAGACCUCAUGGACCUUGACGACACUGAUGACAUCGAUAACACUGACGACCUCACGACACCACAGCUGAUGGACGAAAUGCUUUCAGAAACUUCCUCUAGCCUCCAGGACCCCACGCUUCCUGUGCUGGUGUUUUACAGACCCGCCAAGACUCCCUCCCGCCUCCCCUCAGGUCCUGGCAACAUGACUCCCCUCUCCUCUUCCCUCUCUGAUCCUCAUCCCACCCGGUCCCCCUCCACACACUUCCCUCCCGUCACCACAACAUGCACUGAGCAGUCCCCAUGCACGCCAACCCUCCCGCCCUACCGCACCCCGCACGUCACGCUUUUCACCAAGAUCAACAACCGCUUCGUUGCAAUCACCGCCUCCACGGCCUCGCACUCCCCCACCAGGACCACCCCCACUACUACCCCCUCGACUACCACCACUGCCACACCUCCCCCUACCACCACUACCACCGCAACCAAUGCCACCACUACCACGGCAACCUCAGCCAGUACCAUCACAGUGACCGUUACCCCCUACACUUACUCCACAGUCGCCUCGCCACUAAACACAGAGCCCGUAUACCCCUCGACCGAAGUGUUACACCCAGAGGAGAACCCCGCCACCUACAGCAGCUACAACAAAGGGGCGGUGGUGAUGUACGUGUUGCUGGCGGUCCUAAUGCUCUUCAUGCUGGUGGUUCUUCACGAGAUGGUGGAUUUGAACCGGAAGGAGCCCUGGAGCUUGUGGAUGGCAGAUGCCGUGAGAACCGUGGGCGGGGCUGCGGUGCGCCGGCGUGUGCAGAGUCGGUAUGGCAACGUGGUGGCCCUGCGCACCCUGAGGCAGGGGAACAGGACCUUCUUUCAAGUCACGGACGCCAACCCGACGUCUCGCAACCCGCACCGUCAAUCGUGCUGCCCCCCGAACUGCGGCGUCAUGCACGCCCACCACCACCACCUGCCCCGCGAAAACCCAGACUGCCACAACCCCCGCUCACACACCCGGCCCGGCAGGCACUGAGGACUGACAGCGGGAGUCCCCCUUACGUGCCUGAGUGGUGCUGACGCUGCGCCGCCCCAGUCUGUCUGACCACGCCGCGACCUGAUGGCUGGAGUAGUAAACAGACUGGCUGAGAUGCCUAGGCGUCCAUCUUGUUGGAAGUCUACACGUUGGUUUUAUAAAGAUUUUAUUUUUAAUUGUUGCAAGACUUUC